ACCCCGCACCCUCACUUCGGUUCACUCAGCGUCUCUCAACUCACCGUUUCUCUCUCUCUCUCCCACUCUCAUCGCUCUCUCGCUCUCUCGCUCUCUCCACACGGCGCACCGCUCCCCAGAACCCUCGCUCCAGCAUCGGCCCCGGGUCGAUCUCCAUCCUGCCUCGAGAUGCUCAGAGUCAGAUGCCUCCGUGGAGGUAGCAGAGGUGCCGAGGCAGCGCAUUGCAUAGGAACCAUGGCGCGCAGGGCGCUGGCCGGCUGGGUGCCGCGAGCCCUGCAGAGCACCCAGGUGGCGCCGUCUCCCACGCUGGCGACGCAGGGGCCCCCCGACGCGCCCAGCUCCGUGCCCGCCGACUGCCCCGUCUCCUCGUUCAACGAGUGGGACCCCCUGGAGGAGGUGAUCGUGGGGCGCGCCGAGAACGCCUGCGUGCCGCCCUUCACCGUCGAAGUGAAGGCGAACACCUAUGAGAAGUACUGGCAGUUUUACCAGAAGCAGGGGGGGCUGCCGUUCCCCGAGGCCCACGUGAAGAAGGCGGUGGCCGAGGUGGAGGAGCUGUGCACCGUGCUGCGUGGGGAGGGGGUCACCGUGCAGAGGCCGGAGCCCCUCGACUGGGCCCUCAAUUACACCACCCCCGACUUCAACUCCACGGGGAUGUACGCUGCCAUGCCCCGGGACAUCCUGCUGGUGGUCGGGAACGAGAUCAUCGAGGCCCCCAUGGCGUGGAGGGCGCGAUUCUUCGAGUACCGCGCGUACCGCCCGCUCAUCAAGGAGUACUUCAAGCGUGGAGCCAAGUGGACCACGGCGCCCAAGCCACAGAUGGCCAACGAGCUCUACGACCAGGACUACCCGAUCCGCACGGUGGAGGACCGCCACAAGUUGGCGGCGCAGGGGAAGUUCGUCACCACGGAGUUCGAGCCUUGCUUCGAUGCCGCCGACUUCAUCCGCGCCGGCCGCGACAUCUUCGUGCAGCGCAGCCAGGUCACCAACUACUUUGGGAUUGAGUGGAUGCGCCGGCACCUGGCGCCCACGUACCGCGUGCACACCAUCUCCUUCAAGGACCCCAACCCCAUGCACAUCGACGCCACCUUCAACAUCAUCGGCCCGGGCCUCGUGCUCUCCAACCCGGACCGGCCCUGCCUGCAGAUCGACACGUUCAAGAGAGCCGGGUGGACGGUGGUGACUCCACCAACUCCGCUCAUCCCUGACGACCACCCGCUGUGGAUGUCCUCCAAGUGGCUGUCCAUGAACGUGCUGAUGCUGGACGAGAAACGCGUCCUGGUGGAGGCGGCUGAGACCUCCAUCCAGAAGAUGUUCUUGAACCUCGGCAUCACUCCAGUGAAGGUGAACAUUCGUCAUGCCAACUCGCUGGGCGGUGGCUUCCACUGCUGGACGAGCGACGUUCGCCGCCGUGGAACCCUGCAGUCCUACCUGGACUAGCACCCCGCACACUCCCCGCACACACACACACACACACCUGUGUCACGAACCCGUCAAUCACAUUUCCAUUUAACUCACCUGCAUAACACACCUGACAAACACACUCACCUGUGUCAGGCCCAUAACCAUAUAACUCCCGCAUAGCAUCUGUCACUCACCUGUGUCAGGCCCAUGACCGUAUAACUCCCGCAUAACACACCUGUCACGUGUAUGACGAACACCUGUGUAAAGUAUAAACACUGCCACACACGUGUGAGUCGCACACACACACACACACCUGUAUCGUUCUGAACAGUAGACUCUGCUUCAGCUGAGCAGGGGAUUGUUGGGCAUUGUGCGUCACGCUGACCGGGGCGAGACAGAGACAAUGCCCCUUCAAUAUUUUACCUCGAAUGUAUUUUCUACGCACGCACUAUAUAUAUAGAUAUAAAGACAAAGAUUCCCCGUGUAGCCUCAACAGACUGUCGGGGGCAAGUGCUGUUAGCGAGCACCGAUGAAGGCCGGCACGGCACACGCGGGGUGGUUGGCAAACAUCACGCCCGGCCGCCUUUGUCUCCCCAGUGGUGAUGUUUACACAAAAACACCAGGUACUCAUUUGAGGCUGAGUCAACCUAAGGGAGGACCGGGACCGGUUUAGAUAAUCCGUCACUGGUGCUGGCCGUGAGCGGUAAUCGAUCUCGGGUCGCCGGGUUCGUAGCGCAGCGUAGCGCUACCCGCUACACUACCGCACCGCACUAUGCAUCGGUGCGCACAGCAUCUACACACACACACCCCACGCCACCACCACCACCACGAGGCUACACACCGGAACCACCACACACUGUGUCACUGGUGAACCUGCUGCUGCUGCAGCUGCUGUGGUCGUCAGGCACAGAGUGGAAUUUUGUAGAAAUGACCCUGACGGCAGCGUCUCGCUGGCCAAAUUACAUUCUUACCGCAAGAACAAA